CAUAAACACAAGCUUCUCAUUGCUGGUAUCAACCAAUGGCACGGGUAAUAAACGACACCACCGCAGCUCCUCCCCAUGCCUCGGUUGACAUGGAGGUACCGGUCAAGUGGUCAGCACAAGGUCUAGAGCAGGCUAGUAAAGGUGCAGAUGGUGUCAAGAACCAUUUGGUGGUUGAUGCAGCCUUGAGAGCGGUGGUGUUUGCAGCUAGCGCGGCUGCUGUCGUUGUUAUGGUCACUUCUAAACAAAGCAAGAUGAUACCUGUUUCUCCUACCAUGGCAGUAUCCUUGGAUGCAAAUUGGAAUCAGUCCCCAGCUUAUAUAUACUAUGUAUCAGCCUUCUCAGUAGCUGGCUUGUACAGCAUCGUUACUGGUUUCUUUUCGGUUUUUACUCUGAAGAAGACGGGCGUAAUUUCGACAAAGAUGCAGUUUCAUUUGGCGAUACUAGAUUCUUUGCUGUUGAGUAUUUUAUCUUCAGCUAUAGGAGCAGAACUAGGGGUAGCAUAUGUUGGACUCAAAGGGAACUCUCAUUCAUUCUGGAAAGAGAUCUGCAAUGCGUAUGGUUCAUUCUGUCAUCACUUAUCGGCCACUUCCACUAUGGCAAUCAUAUCCGACAUCGCACUUCUACUUUUGGUUUGGCUCUCGUAUUACACUCUUUUGAAGAAGAUUGCAAGGCCAUAAUUUGGUCAAUAAGUGAAGAUAUUAAGUUAUGUACCAGUUUGAUGUUAUUUCACUUUCUGUUAUUGAGCUUCUUUCAGUCCAUGUUUUUUUUUUUUGUUGGCUUUGUGCUACUUUGAGUAUGUAUUUUAUGAUCCGUAAAUUACGUC